CGUCCGUCAGUACGGAGCGCGGGCCGAGCGCAGCAGCCAGCCGCCGCGCUGUCUCGCGCCGCAGGGAACAUGUGUCUCGACACACUGCCACACCAGAUUCGCAUUCAGCCCAACCACCUUCACCUCCGCCUAAUACUCCAUAAGAACUAAAUAUUCGACCCUCGCAGUUCUCAGACUUCCGACUCGUUGUGAUCAUCGAAAUGUUAUGUGAGGAGACUCGAAGGUUGGCGGCGCGGUGAGAGCAUGUAGCGGGAGCGAGGACUCGCAGCGGCAUGCCGGGAGGCCGCCGGGGGCUCGUGGCCCCGCAGAACACCUUCCUCGAGAACAUCAUCCGCCGGUCCUCUUCGCAGCCAGACAGCAGCUUCCUGCUGGCGAACGCGCAGAUCGUGGACUACCCCAUCGUGUACUGCAACGAGACCUUCUGCAAGAUGAGCGGUUACAACCGCGCCGAGGUCAUGCAGAAGUCCUGCAGAUGCACUUGGAUGUACGGCGAGCUGACGGAGAAGGAGGCGGUGGAGCGCGUGGACCGGGCACUCGACCACCACCUCGCCGACCAGUUCGAGAUUCUGCUCUACAAAAAGAACCGCACGCCGCUGUGGCUGCUGGUGCACGUGGCGCCGAUCCGCAACGAGCGCGAGCUGGUGGUGCUGUUCCUGCUCACCUUCCGCGACAUCACCGCGCUCAAGCAGCCCAUCGACGCCGACGACCCCAAGGGCGGUCUGUCGAAGUUCGCGAAGCUGGCGCGGUCGGUGACGCGGUCGCGCUCCGUGCUGGUGUCGGCGCUGCCGGCGCUCAAGGAGCCGCAGCGCCAGAGCCACCUCGCGCACGUCAGUACCCCCGCCACCCCCGCCACACCCGCCACACCCGCUCGCACCCUCUGUCGCGCGCCACACGUGAUGUCGCUGUCGGGCGACGUGCUGCCGCAGUACCGGCAGGAGGCGCCCAAGACGCCGCCGCACAUCCUGCUGCACUACUGCGCCUUCAAGGCCAUCUGGGAUUGGAUCAUCCUCUGCCUCACCUUCUACACCGCCAUCAUGGUGCCCUACAACGUCGCUUUCAAGAACAAGACCAGCGAGGACGUCUCGCUGCUCGUCAUCGACUCGAUCGUCGACGUCGUCUUCUUCAUAGACAUCGUGCUUAACUUCCAUACGACGUUCGUGGGCCCCGGCGGCGAGGUGGUCAGCGACCCGAAGGUCAUCCGCAAGAACUACUUUAAGUCGUGGUUUCUGAUAGAUCUGUUGUCGUGUCUGCCGUACGACGUGUUCAACGCGUUCGACCACGACGAGGACGGCAUAGGCAGCCUGUUCAGCGCCCUGAAGGUGGUCCGGCUGCUGCGGCUGGGUCGCGUGGUCCGCAAACUGGACCGCUACCUGGAGUACGGCGCCGCCAUGCUGAUCCUACUGCUCUGCUUCUACAUGCUGGUGGCGCACUGGCUGGCCUGCGUGUGGUACAGCAUCGGCCGCUCCGACGCCGACUCGGGCCUGCAGUACUCGUGGCUCUGGAAGCUGGCCAACGUCACGCAGACUCCGUACUCGUACGUGUGGUCCAACGAGUCGGACGGGCCCGAGCUGGUGAACGGGCCCUCGCGCAAGACCAUGUACGUGACCGCGCUCUACUUCACCAUGACGUGCAUGACCUCCGUGGGCUUCGGCAACGUGGCGGCCGAGACCGACAACGAGAAGAUCUUCACCAUCUGCAUGAUGAUCGUGGCAGCGCUGCUCUACGCGACGAUCUUCGGCCACGUGACGACGAUCAUCCAGCAGAUGACGUCCGCUACGGCCAAGUACCACGAUAUGCUGAACAACGUGCGCGAGUUCAUGAAGCUGCACGAAGUGCCCAAGGCGCUAAGCGAACGCGUCAUGGACUACGUCGUCUCCACCUGGGCCAUGACCAAGGGGCUCGACACCGACAAGGUGCUGAACUAUUGCCCGAAGGACAUGAAGGCGGACAUCUGCGUGCACCUGAACCGCAAGGUGUUCAACGAGCACCCGGCGUUCCGGCUGGCGUCAGACGGCUGUCUGCGGGCGCUGGCCAUGCACUUCCAGAUGUCGCACUCCGCGCCCGGCGACCUGCUGUACCACACGGGGGAGAGCAUAGACUCGCUCUGCUUCAUCGUCACCGGCAGCCUCGAGGUCAUCCAGGAUGAUGAGGUGGUGGCGAUCCUGGGCAAGGGCGAUGUGUUCGGUGACUCGUUCUGGAAGGACAGCGCCGUGGGGCAGUCGGCCGCCAACGUGCGCGCGCUCACCUACUGCGACCUGCACACCAUCAAGCGCGACCGCCUGCUCGAGGUGCUCGACUUCUACCAGGCCUUCGCCAACAGCUUCGCGCGCAACCUCACCCUCACCUACAACCUCCGCCAUCGCCUCAUCUUCCGCAAGGUGGCGGACGUGCGCCGCGAGCGCGAGCUGAUGGAGCGCCGCAAGCGCGAGCCGCAGCUGGAGCAGGCGCAGGACCACCUCGUGAGGAAGAUCUUCUCCAGGUUCAGGCGAGAGCGGAGUGUGGCGGCCGCGCCCGCGCCCCCCGCCACCACCACCACCGGUUUGAGUGUAGGUUCGACGGCAACUCCGGCGCAAGACGCGGAGAAGGGUGAGGCGCUCCCCUCCUCCGCGCCGGCCCCCGCGGCCGCCCGCGGCAAGUGGGGGCGGCUGCUGGCGGCGGGCGGGGGCGGGGGCGGGGGCGGCGUCGCGGGGGGAGGGUCGCUGGACGCGGCCGACGCGCCGCGCGCGCCCUUCGCGCGCAGCCUCAGCGUGCGGGACCGGCCGCCCGCGCCCCCCGACGCGCCUCACGUAGCUUUGGCUCUCAAGGCGUCAUUCGCGAAAACGCGUUCGGCGAGUGCGUUAGGCACGACCGGCCGACAGGACACCAUCGAGGAGGAGCUCGAGGAGCGCCGCGCGGUCCCGGCCCCCUCCCUCGCCUCCUCACCCGCUGCCCCGAGCCCCGCACCUCACGCCGCGCACGAGGCCGCACUGGCCGAGUUGAGAAGGGAUGUGCGGAACGAAGUGCAGAGAUUACAGCACAAGUUGGGUCGCGUAGAAGAGCUGCUAACGAUGUUAGCGGCGCGACUGGGCGCCGAUACUACGGAGCCGGCGGCGAGCGGAGCGGCGAGCGGAGCGGCGAGUGGCGCGGCGAGCGAGGCCGAGGCCGAGCGGCCGCGCGCCGUCGUGGAAGCACUCGCCAGGAAGCGGCGCUCCAAGGUUCGAAGCAAAGGUGCCGCGCCUCAGGUGCCGACGCCCACCACGCCCACGAGCGACGCGGCGCUCGGCGAAGCGUCGGGCGGGGCGGGGAGCGGCGCGGCGCUGCGGCGGAGAGAGUUCGUGUAGCGCGCGGCGGCGGCGCCCGCAGCGCCGGACUAGCGAGCGCCGCCGCACCCUUCUUGUUCCCGCUGUACAUACCGGAGUAGCGCGCGAGUAGAGCGCAUCGCUUGCGGCGCCGCGUAGUGCUUGUGGCGAGGCCGAGGGCGCUGCGGCGGCGACGCGACACAUUGCCUUGUAUGCACCCACUGCAAGUCGGUAUUGACGACCAAACUUUCUACACCGUUAUAUUAGUGGUAGGUUUGCAAGUUAAUAGAACGCAAUAAACUGUUACUCGAUCGACAUUCAAAACCACUUGACAUUUUUGACUGAAAUAGGAGUACGAAUUAGGUAGUUUGGCGACUAUUUACUGAGAUCUGAUAAUGAUGAUUCUGAGGUAAUAAUUUAAUUGCUAAUAUUGACUAUGUUUAACUGGACAAUUGAGGAUUGCCAAUCGAGGAUGAAAAUUAGUGCAUGAAGAUACGAGGGGAGUUUGUCGGCGAUUUACCUGUGACGUAACUUUUUAAUUAGCCAAAAACGUAAACGUGUUUUGUUUGUUAUCGCUUCGAAGAUGACCGCGCGGGGCUGCGCCGUAGCUCGUAGCCGAUGUUGCAACUGCGUGGACAAGUCAAAAAACUGCAUAUACCUACAGGCUUUUCUGUGAUUUUACUACAAAUUUCCUACUUUUGAUACAACUCGAUUCCAUUAUAUUUGCUUAGGACACGUUCACAAUGCGCGUCGCCGCUUGCCGCGUUAUGUAAGAUAUUAAUGUAAGAGUGACUAUUUGAUAUUUCAAGUGCAUAUAGAAGCAAUAAUUUCGUGAUUUCUUUCACUACUACGUGCGACCUCUUUCGGCAGUACCACCUGAGCGUUAUGUGGGAAGUAUCAGUUUGCUCUACCUACGUAAAGUCAAUUAUCCUAUUCUAUGAUGUGAUUUAUUUGAGCACCUUGUCAGACACGCGAGUCUGGUGCUCGAUGUAAAAGUGCCUCGCACUACGUAAAUGUAAUAGUUGAAGCAACGGACACUUAUUAUAACUAUAUAUGUUUCCAUUUAAACUUCUGCUAUGUAGUCGAAAAGAACAUGGCUAAAACUCGUUUUAUAGAUGAAGCCAUGUUAUUGUUUUAGAUUAAAAAAAAAAGAUUAAUAAAAUAACUUUAAUUUAGGUAGGACAAUAAUUACGAAUGAAUGCAUUAUGAGUAGCAGUUGAAACACGAGUUAUUUGGCAGACGAGACGGGAGUUGCGUUUGAGAGAGUGGGACUGCCGAGGAGCUUGCACUCUCGACCAAGUAUUUGAUAUGAUUGCAACGAUUUAUAAUACUCUAGUUCGUACGCUUGGAGCCCGUACGCGUACGUACAUAUCUCAUCACUGUUGUAUAUUGUGUAGGGCGUGCACGCAACCGUCCGAGCCUGUUGUUUACUACUUGUUUAUUAUUGUUAACGUUUUUAAAGUUUAUUGGAGACUCUUCGCGUAGCACCGACGCUAUCUCGUAGACUUUGGUUCGGAGUGCGCUCCCGCUAAGCAACGCUCCUCGAAUUAUCGAUCAUUAUAUUGUAUCUUUUUAUUGAAAAUAUAUCGAUAUAAAUA